AUGAGCCCUCAAACGAAAAAAGUUCACCGACACAUGCUACUGAUGCUCAUUCUACAGACUGUGUGUCCGGCAUUGCUGCUCAACGGACCCCUUUGCACAAUGUAUCUGCUUGUUUUCACCGGGGCCGAUAGCCCACCUGUUUUGAGCUACAUUAUGGGCUUACUGAUGUCUUCUUUUACGAUAUUCUCUCCGGCAAUAGUUCUGAUGUUUAUGAAAGACUAUAGAAAUUAUAUCCUCAUUACACUACGCCUCAGGAAACCUAGUCAGAUCAGGAAAGUGACUGUUAGCGAUGGAAAGAUCGGCUCGAUGAAAGCAUAA